AUGGGAAGCAAUAGACUUGCACUGAUUGGGAACGUCGGGCAGCCAGAAGAUUGGGGAAAUCCAAAAGCUUUGAAUAUACUCGAUCUCUACCGGAAGUCGAUCAGUCUACUUGAUCGUUCACACGAAAUGAUGUCGGUAAUAAACCAACUGCAACCAGUCAGUCGAGAAAAAUGGACUGGCACAGUUCGGGAGACGACGAAUAGCAUCGAAACUCUAGUCAGCAACGUCCGUCGGAGCAGCGACUUCGAAUUUGAACUUGACAGAGCAUUGGUCUGCUAUCAACAAUGUGUACAACGUGUCGAUCAUACAAUAGCUCAGUUGAAAAAACAAUUAGCUGCCGAUGAACAGCAAAAACUGCUCGAACUAGAGCGCAAACGUCGUGAGGAAGAGGAAGAAGCUGCCCGACAGCGUGCCGAGGAGGAACGUCUUGAACAAGAGAGAUUGCAGUAA